AUGCUGACCUUCUUGUUGAGACCUGUGGGCAUUCUGUGCCUGUCUUCAGGGUUAUUGGUAAUGGCUCAAUUUGGAGGAGACCUCUCACCCAGGAUGAAUCAAGCUUACCUGACUCCCUUCCACAUAAAGAAUCGCAAUGUGGGUCUGAAAGUUGAAGGUUCAAGCUUCACACUAGAUGUCUCUUUCCUGAUCAUAGCAGGCACUAUUCACUAUUUCCGGGUGCCCAGGGAGUACUGGAGGGACCGCUUGCUGAAGCUGAAGGCCUGUGGCUUCAACACUCUUACCACGCAUAUUCCCUGGAACCUUCAUGAGCCAAGAAAGGGCUGGUUUUAUUUUACUGCAAACCUGGAUUUCAUGGCUUUUAUAUCCAUUGCUUCAGAGGUGGGGCUGUGGGUCAUUCUGUGUCCAGGCCCCUAUAUUGGUAGCGACUUAGACCUUGGAGGCUUGCCUAGCUGGUUACUCCAGGAUCCAAAAAUGAAGCUGAGAACAACUUACAAGGGCUUCACUAAAGCAAUGAACCACUAUUUUGAUGAGCUUAUUCCCAAGAUAGUACCACUCCAGUAUGGAAAGGGAGGCCCCAUCAUUGCUGUGCAGGUUGAGAAUGAAUAUGGUUCAUAUCAUCGGGAUAAAAGAUACAUGUCCUAUAUUAAAAAGGCCCUGGUCACAAGAGGGAUCAAGGUGUUGCUUAUGACUGCUGAUGAUGGAAAAGAACUGAAAAGAGGCCACUUAAAACAUGUAUUUUCCACUCUCCACCUGAAAAAUAUAAAGAAACUUAUGAUACAUUCUUUUCAAUUCAGAAUGGGUUGGAGGAGGAUCUCAGAAUGGCCCAAUCUCCUAUUUUUCAUUGCAGGGGUUCCCAUGCCUCAGCGACCAGAUUUAAUACCUAAGGCAAUAUAUAAGUCACUGCUAACACCAUACUACAUUUCACUGUGGGAUGUCAUACCCUACCUAAAGGAGGCCAUCAGCUCUGUCAAGCCCAUUUGCAUGGAGAAGCUGUCUGUGAACCAGGGGAAUGGUCAGUCCUCUGGGUACAUACUUUAUGAGGUUAUGAUCUCCACUGGUGGCCUCCUUACCACAAAGAAUCAUGUUCAAGACCGAGGUCAGGUGUUUUUGAAUGAGAAUUAUCUAGGGGUCCUGGACCAUUUCACUAACCAGCUGACUAUUCCCACCAAAAUGGACUACAAGGAUAUCCCAACACUGAGGAUCCUGGUGGAGAAUCAAGGCCGCCUUGCCUAUGGGCAGGACAUCAAUAAGGAGAGAAAAGGAUUAAUUGGGGAUAUAUAUCUGAACAAUUCUCCAUUAAGAAGAUUUAAAAUCUACAGCCUGGAUAUGAAAACUAAAUUUCUAAAAAGGGACCUUCCUAACAUUUGGAAACCAGUCUCAUUCAAACCUCGGGGCCCUGCCUUCUUCCUUGGUAUCCUGAGAAUGGGUAAUUACCCCAAAGACACCUUCAUAAAAAUGGAGGGUUGGAUGAAAGGUGCAAUAUUCAUCAAUGGACGAAAUCUGGGGCGCUACUGGAAUAUAGGUCCCCAGGAGGCCCUUUACCUUCCAGGACCCUGGCUUCAUCCUGGAUCAAAUGAGAUCAUUGUGUUUGAAGAAUUUAGACCUGGCCAGGAGAUCCGGUUCACAAACAUAUCUCAUCUAGCAUGGUAUAAACCAGCCCUGGGGUUAGUUGACAGGCUUUUUGGGAGCUUGGGAGAGUGGGUAACCACAGAGGUGAGCUGGCACUGCAUCAAGGCUGCUGAGAAGACUUCCAACCCAAGACCAAAAGGAAUCAUAACCGGACUUCAGACCAAUUGUACAAGGAGCUGCAUUCCUCCAAGAGUAAAGAUCCUGAGUCCCUUCUGCAUGUGCAAAUGCCAGGAGAGCAGCAGCACCCAGGUGGAUCAGGACUUCCACAGUCCAAAGAGGUUGAAGAGCAUGAAUUCCCUGCUUGGCCCUUCCUUCGCUGUUCCGCCACACUGCCCGUCUCUCAGUCCAAGCUGCCAAGGAGGAAACAGCAAGCUAGAAUCAGGGGAUACUUGUUCUCCAUUGCCAUGUCAGUGUAACACUAUCGACGUCCAGCCGAUAACUGAUUCACCAUCCCUGGCUUACUAA